CGGCCGGAACGUGCCAAGGGGCGGCCCAGCACAAACGAUAUUGGGCGGUACUGAAAAAACCUUGCAUCGAAAUAUACUCCACCAGAUCGGGAUAUGCUUCGUGAGCCGUUUCAAAGCUUCGACAUAUAUAAGGCGAUAGCACGUACCGGUUCCAGGUAACGUCGAGAAUCGCAGUCACUCUUUGAAUCUUCUCAACUCUUCGAUAUCGCAAUGGAGUGUUACCUCGACGCGAACACGGGAGCAUCGUCUCCUUCCAGCUUCUCAUUGUCAGUCACCGAGUCGCCCCAAGCUGUCAGCACCCCGGACACCCAGAGGUCAGUCCUGUUCGACGAAGAGAUUGCGGCGGAUCCAUUGGACAUUGGCGAAAAUGCUUCACCUUCCUUCAUCAUGGUGGUGGGAGGCCUUGGGUACAUCGGCUCUCAUACGGUGCUCGAGUUAUUGAAGGCGGACUACAACGUCCUGGUCAUUGACGACUUGAGCAACUCGUACGAAAGCGUUUUGCACCGUAUCCAGACGUUAGCAGCCGAACAUUGCGCGAUGCUCAACAAGCCAAUGCCGGCAUUGCAAUUCCAGCAGCUGGACUACAGAAGCCCGAUGAUGAGAUCGGUCCUUGCAAGCUACUCGUCAUACAGCAUAUGCAGUAAGCCUGUAGCUGUUUCAACGAUGCCUUUUCCGUAUUCAGCUCUUCAGCGCACCGACUCCGGUAUCGACAUGGAACCAGAAGAUACGCCAGAACAGACACUUCAACGCCAGUCCAGAAUUACCGGCGUAAUUCACUUUGCUGCCUACAAAUCGGUCGAGGAGAGCAUCCGUAUGCCACUCAAAUAUUACAUGAACAAUGUUUGCGGCAUGGUGGAGUUCCUUGGUCUGCUCGAGGAAUUUGGUAUCAAGAACUUUGUCUUCUCAUCUUCGGCAACAGUGUACGGUGAAGGCGCCAACUGUGGGGCCCCACUGCGUGAAGAGCUCUGCGUGCACCACCACGAGACCUUCAUCGACAGCGACGGUUUUGAGCGACAAGCGACGCCCGGAGUGAUGGGCCUCACCUCGCCAUAUGGUCGAUCGAAAUUCAUGUGCGAAUCCAUUCUGGCGGACAUUGCGCGGUCAGAUGCAUCGUGGUCGAUCACAGCCCUACGAUACUUCAACCCGGUCGGAUGUCAUGAGUCGGGAUUGCUGGGUGAAGAUCCUCGCCAGAAACCGAGCAACCUCAUCCCCGUAAUUGCCACCGUCCUGACAGGCGCUAAGCCCGUCUUGGACAUCUUUGGUACCGACUGGAAUACUCCCGACGGUACAGCUGUUCGAGAUUUUAUCCAUGUCGUCGAUCUAGCCCAAGGCCAUAUUGCUGCUUUGGCAGCGUCCGCAGCUGGUCGUGUGAAGGCACCGUUCCGGGCAUACAACCUGGGAACUGGCCGGGGACACACAGUGCGAGAAGUCCACGAGAGCCUGCAGAGUACCUCUGGAAGAGCGAUUCCUGUGCGUGAGGUAGGCCGGAGAGCAGGUGACGUUGGCUUCUGUGUUGCAGAGGUUCAGCGAGCCGAGACCGAGCUUGCGUGGAAGGCACAGAAGACGUUGAGGGACUGUUCGGUAGACGUAUGGAACUUUACCAAAGGAAGGUGUCCAGUACCGGACGAGAUGGAAACCUAGGGGUAGAGCUGGCAUGGGGAGGCAUUUUCAGCGGGCUCGUGUGAUUUGACGAACAUUCUCCAAGACCACAUUCCGGUAGAGGUGGUUUCUGGAGGCUUAGCA